AUGGCGACGACUACAGAGAGGACGGCUGCGGCCGGAUCGAAGCCAUUUGACAUUGUUGCGACAUACAAUGAGCUCCUACGCUCCGACCCCGACAUCACCAUGCCCAUCGCCGCUAUUGAAGCACUGGUGCAUGUCCUCACACAUUCCCCUUCCUCGACAAUCUCCGAAACUCUGGAUCUGUUAGAAAAGUCCACCGCGCACCUGAAACAGUCGAUCCCCAACCCUAUUGGUCUGUCCGCGGGCACCGAUCUCUUCCAGCGCUAUCUGAUUACCACACUACAACGGCCGGGUCAACUGGGUCCUGCCGGGGACUUCAAGGCCAUUCGCACACACCUUUUGUCAAAUGGUCGAUUGUUCAUUCGUCGUGCAAAGGAGAGCCGACAGAAGAUCGCCGCUUUCGGGCGAGGAUUUAUUCGCGAUGGCUGCACGGUACUCACUAAUGGUGGUUCCAGAGCAGUAGCAUCGUUACUCCAGAAAGCAGCGGACGAGGAGGGCGGUCCAUCCGCGGUGCGCUUCCGGGUUAUCUACGUCUUGUCCUCGAUUAGCCAAAACAUUGAGGAGCCAUCUGGACAGCCUGAGGGUAUGGAGACAGUACGUGCCCUGCGAGCCAAGGGUGUACCGGUCUCCACCAUCCCAGAGUCGGCGGUAGCCUAUGCCCUUGGAAAGGCUGAUAUGGUCAUCGUUGGUGCUGAGGGUGUCGUGGAGAACGGUGGAAUUGUAUCCCGUAUGGGCACUUACCAGAUUGGUCUGCUUGCGAAGGCAAUUGGAAAGCCAUUCUACGUGGUGGCCGAGAGCCACAAAUUCGUCCGUCUCUUCCCGCUGGGCCAGUAUGACCUGCCUAUUGAGCAGCAUGUCGUCGAUUUCAAGUCUGCAGAUGAUAUUGCCGAGGACAAGAAAAAGAAACAGCACUCUUCUGGUGAUGCCAGUGGCAACAAGCCGAUCGAGCUCCCACUCUCCGAUUCGGUGGAUUUCACACCACCACACUUGAUCUCGGCUCUGAUUACUGACAGCGGUGUCUUGACUCCCAGCGCUGUCAGCGAGGAGCUGAUCAAGAUUUGGUUCUAG